GCUGUUCUUUGCAUGACAAUUUUGUAUUUGUAUUCUGAGAAAUCAUUUCAGACUUGGUAAUGUUAGAAAGAAACAGCAAAUAUAUAGGGCUGUGCUAAAGAUGCAGUGGGGUGGGGAAAGCCUCUUUAAAUCACUCUAUAGAGCUUGGAAUUUUCUUCAGUGAUAAAUAAUCCCUGCUUACAGUGUGGCUGUGGUGACUGGCACUGGUAAAACGAUCAGUAGGUGCGCACAGCGCAGGCGAGGCUGGGGUGCCUGCCAGGUAUCCCUGCAGGAAUUAGUGUGUUGAUGGAGUACAGCGUGCUGGGGUGUUCCUGCUCGAGUGGAUGAAGUAGAGGCUUUAGGAUCAGAGCUCAACCCAGAUCUGUAAAUGCAUCAUGCAGUGAAUGAAGGCAAAGGAGCUUUGGGAAGCUGGAGGCUGGAUUUAGCCAGGCAAACGAGACCAAGGAAACCCUGGCUUACUGCAGUGGCUGUGCUGCUAUUGUAUGAAUGGCAGCUGGUGAGAUGGAAAGUAGCUCAGGCUUCUCCUCCUCAUCCUCUCCUGCUUUUAAAGACUGUAGAGGGAAAAUGAAUAUUUGAAACUUAAAAAAACCCAUUUACAGGUGUCUUUUUUUUUUUUUUGGUGUAGUGUGCGAUGCCCCUAGUUUAGGCUGGAGGGCAGACUACAUAGGAUGCAAGGUACCUUUUCAAGUCCAGUCUUCUGAUUCUCCUGGGAAAUAAAUCUCCUGUUUUGUCUUUCAGUUGCUUCAGGUUGCUACAAGAGAAGAUGAAUGAAGUCUAGAAGGGUCUUUGUUGAAAGUUGUUACUGGAAAAAUUAGCUUUUAGCACGUACUGAACUGCUACUCCCCUGUAGCAACAGGAGUCAAGGAAGCUGAAAGCAGCAAUGAUUCUUCCUGUUGCCUUCUCUUUUUGCCUUGUCUUUCCACCUCCUCUGCAGGCUGCAGAAAUAGAUCUGGGCCUCCCUGCUCAGUGCUGUAUUCCAGCCAAGCUGAUUGACUCUCCUGGUGACAGAUCUCAGAAAAACUGAAAUUUUUCACUCUUGUUUUAACUUUCUUACUGUAAAUUGCUGUUUUUCUUGUGAGAAUAAAAAUGUUGAUGCCUCUAACAAAGAUGGUGGGUGCAUGGGGUUACACAGAUGUUGAAUAGUUCAGGUUUGAGGCUGUUGAUUGGUGCUUCAGUGAAGCUACAGUGAAGAUGAAUAGCUUAAGCUUCUUGCUCACAUUCCUAUUUUCUGGUACUUCAAAUCUUUAUCUAGGGUUGAUUUGUGAAGGCGAAGAAAAGAAGGAAAUUAAUCUAAUGACUAACAGAAUGUUGUAUAAUCCUUCUCUUCCUUUCCUUGGGAAUGCUUGGAUUUUAUUUCUACACUGUAUAUUUGAAAUACUGUCAUUGUUUUAAUUUAGUCCUGAACUCAUACUAACAAUGGUAUAAAUAUUGCUCUAUAGGCACAGAUGGAAUUACCAUAUGUUGAAAGUAACAUAAAAACAGGAGAUAUUCUGCACCACACCCGCUUCUGAGAGAAAAUAGCUGAUAAAUAUUCAAGGCAGAUACAAGAGUGCAUUGUAUGUAAGCAUGAGUGUUGUAAAGCAUUCUUUCUAAAGUGUAAGCAUAACUAACUUGCCAUGAGAAUUUAAGGCUUCUGGUAAACCUCAGUAUAGCCAGGAUUUAGUCCACACUGAUGCCUGGAGAUGAAAAGGGGACUGUAUUUGUGAAGAAACAUGCUCCUUCUGGAACUCCUGAUGAAGUAAAAGGGUACUGGUGUAAGGGAAGGAACAGCCAUUGUGCAGGGAGGGCAGGUCAGCCUGGCUGGAUUUAAACUUUCAUGUAUAGAUCAAAAAGUCAAGAGGUUAAAGACUGAAUCUUGCAUUGUUUUUUGAACACUUGCCUUCACAGCUCUUGAGCAUAUUUGUAGUUUGUGCCCCACCUAACUUCCUUCAGCUGUUCUCCAUGAUGCAGUGUACCUCCCUUUCCUGUGUGACUUUUCCUCCUCAUUCCGUUUCCACAGCAAUCGGGACUUUAUGAAUAUAAGAUCUUUGGUAGUCUUGCUGACGUUUCCCCAAAAUUGUGUGCAGAUGUCUACAUGGACUUGGAUUUCAGAAAAGAGUGGGAUCAGUAUGUUAAAGAACUGUAUGAGGAAACACAUGAUGGUGAAAAAGUAAUCUACUGGGAAGUGAAGUACCCUUUUCCUCUGUCAAACAGAGAUUAUGUCUAUAUUCGGGAAUGCCGGGAGAUGGAUGUGGAUGGGAGGAAGAUCUGGGUUGUGUUAGCAAAAAGUGUGGCUGUUCCUCAGUGCCCUGAAAAGCCUGGUAUUAUCAGAGUUAAAAGCUAUAAACAAAGCCUGGUAAUUGAAAGUGAUGGCAAGGCUGGAUGUAAAGUCUAUAUGUACUAUUUUGAUAAUCCUGGUGGCAAGAUUCCAUCCUGGCUGGUCAACUGGGCUGCCAAGAGUGGUGUGCCUGGUUUCUUGAAGGAUAUACAAAAAGCUUGCCUUAAUUAUUCUAAGAGCACAUAGGUGUUGAAAUUGAUCUUAAUUGUUUAAUUCCUAGAUCUCUGCUCUUACAGGAGCAGCUAUUCACAUAUCAUACUCACUAAAAUCUACCUCUAAUAUUUGAAAGAAAUUUAUUUUAGUUGAGUUAUGCCUUGAGUUUUAUUAGAUUUUUUUUUCCAUCUCCAACUGAAGAGCUGGCCGCUGGCAAGGUAACACCAACAUCAGCUGCAGCUUUUGAAAGUACUCAAAGUUUAGCCUUGUUCCCCAUGUUUUGCUUAUGCUGGUUGUCAGGUGUCAUCUAGAGAGUUCUGUGAUGGAUAUGUUCCAUCCUUGCACAAGAGGCAACAAUCUUAUUAGAAAAAUGUCUGAACUUGGACUGCAAAUUGUCUGCAUAUGUUACACCUUUGUUACCUUGCAGGGUGGCUUCCUCCUGAAACUCAGUCAUGGAACUUGCAUUGCAUAGGAGGAAAUGCAUUUGCUACCUAAGUUUGUCAUUCUUAAACUCUCUGCCUGAUAGAAACCUAAAAAAUGCUGAGGGAUGAGGUAAAUUACUAGAAAUACACAAUAGGAACUGGAAGUCUGUGAUGCUAAGCUCCCUUAAAUCCAGAUGUUAAAUGAUCAAGCCUAAAGCCUUGCAUUCACAGCUCCACACUUCUGUAUGAAAAGUAAAAACCCUUCGCUGGGUCCAGCGAGGAGAAAGAGGAGGAAGUGACUUCUUGCAUGUGUGAUUUCAGGGGAACAAGUUUUAUCUUCAGUCAGUAGCCUUACCUAUAAGGCAGCUUGAAUAUCAACUUGAAACUGGAAGUAAUUUUAUACUGGGUGCCUACUACUGAAUGUGGAUGAGCUUGAUGUGGAACUUGGGCUUGCUUACAUUUUUAAAUUUCAUGCUGAUAUAAAGAAUGGAUGGUGACGCACUAAAAGCUUAACUGAGCAGGAAAUUAAAUUUCCAGCACCUUUUUUAGCGGGGGGAGGGGAGCAGGGAGUGCAUAAAAGAGUGAGAGGACAUAAUUCUCAGGGAUUUAAAAUAUUCUACAGAUCUAAAAUAUUCCUAGAUCUAAUCCUGUUUCUGAAUAAGUCUGGUAAUGGAAUAGCUUUGUCUUGUUAAAAAAUAAACAAUUUAAAUUAUUGCCUUUAUACCUUGUGUAAAAAUUUGCUUCCAAUAAAUCAUUAUUUUGUGCAUGUA